UCAGUCUUCAAGCAACCGUCUGGGAGCCAUGAUGAUGCUGGUGAUCCUCUGGAUUUUGCUACUAGCCUCGCCGCAGGCGGAGAGCAAGUUCAAGAGCCUCCACUGCAACAGCUUUGACAUGGACUAUGGGGAGUUUCUUCUGUGCAAAAUACAAGCCAUUAAUCGGUACCGGAACUCGAUCAGCAUUUCGUACCUGAACAAGCAACCAGUCCCCAGUCACUUGACUGUUCGCUUGGAGUUCUUCAAACGUGCUAAUGGCUGGCGACCUUUUCUGUACAACAUCACGCUGAACGUGUGCGAUUUCUUGGAUAGGAAUAAGACCAAGCCCAACAACCACCACAGGAUGAUCUUCCGCCUAGCUGUGGCCUACCUCAUACCCUAUAUAACCCGUAGUUACUCCUGUCCUUUUAUGGCCAAUCAGGUGCUGAAGCUUGUGAAAAUGGAGUUCGAUGUGGAGAAGUUCCGCACUCGUUUCCCCAUCGAGACGGGCGAGUAUGCACUGCAGUUUAGUUUGUAUCACAAAAAGAUACUUAAGUAUACGGUUAACGGCUCCAUGGAGUACUCCAACUACAGAGAGCACUGA